GUUUGAUGGCGACACCGCAUGAGAAAAAUGAGGACGUGAAGCCAGGUGAAAUUUGGAUUAAAACUUCAAGAUGACAGAGAAUGAAUAUUGUUGAUACACAAACUUGCACAACACUGAACAUUAAAUAGUGUUAUUGUAGUAGUGGUUGGUUUCAAGAGAAUAUAAUGAUUUCAUUUUCUUGGAAGCCAUAUGCUAGAUUGAACAAGGUUUUAAUUUGCUUUGAUGGAUGGAGGUCAUGAUAGUGAAGUUUUUAGGAUAAACAGAUUUUUAAAAUUUCCACAUCUUUCUUGGAAAGCUUUUAGCUUCUGGUGAAACAUAACACCACUUAUGUGCCUAUACUCUGUUGCAUGACUUAUACCAUAGGUAUUUUGAAAUACGGUGUAUUAUGAAUUAAAGAUUAUUUGAAAUUCAUGUGAAGGAGUUGAGAUACCUAAAACUGCUCUAUAUCGUAUUGGUCUGUAGAAUUCUUUCAAUUUUAAGAGUAUAAGAGAAAUGAAACUAUGCCAAAUUCAUAGUAAUAAUGAAACAAGUUAGGAAAGAAACUGAUACUUCAGAAUCACCUGUAUAUACGCAUAUCUGUACUGGGGAGUAUAAUUGCUGUUCCGAGAAUAAAAACAUGUUUUGCCUUUCUUACUGUUAUACUCAACAAGAUGUUAGUGAACAUAGUUCAAACACUUUACUAGCUAAAUCUAAUCAGCUUACAAGCUCUCACACUAUCCAAGCCCAGGAGCCUUACUGUAAGAAUUGCAAUCCUCAUCUGAUUGAAAAUGAGCCUUUCACAUUUGUUUGUUCUUGUUCUUCAAUGGGAGUUACAAGCAUAGACCUCGGUGAAGCCAAAAUCACAUCAGCUAUGUCAAGUCCAGAAUCUUGUGACGACAGUGCUGAAUCGCUGGAGAGAACUUUAUCAGCUGGACCAAACAGUUUGUCACUAUAUGUGGAUGUAAAUUCUGAGGAUUGUAUGGAUUUGGAUUUGAGACAAGAGAUCUCUCUCCAGUCCAUAUCAUCAGCAGCAAUACAGGAAGAUCUUAACUCCCUGCAUCUCUGUGAAGAAGGAGGAAGACCUUCACACUUGAUGGACCAUGGAACAGAAGAAUUUGUUCAAGCUGACUCUCAUCACCAUUCUCAGGAAAUGGAAGAAUGUUUUAAUGAUUCUUUUUCUACACUCCAGCUACAGGGAAUGGGAGAAGGACAAGAUAGCUUAGCUUUUGUCUCUCCCCUACGCCCAAGUCUUUUUCCAAAUGUCUCCCCCACUAUCAACUUUUAUACAAGCCAAGAUAAAGUUUCCCAGCUACCUGUUGAGAUAAGAAGGUUGUUGAGGUGGAAACUAAGUACAAUUACACCUGUGUUGAUUCGUCAAACAGUUGUUCGUUCAGGGUUUAGACUCACCAAAAAAGGUACUGAAUGGACAGGUACUUGGGGAAAACACAUGAAGUGUGUGCAUUACAAAAGUAUUAGAGAGUUCCAAAAGGUGAAUCACUUUCCUGGAAGUUUCCAACUGGGUCGGAAGGACAGACUGUGGCAGAACUUCAGAAGGAUGCAAGCACAUCAUGGUGAAAGUGUUUUUGAUUUUAUUCCGGAAACUUUUAUUUUACCCUUGGAUUCUAGAAACUUGCGCCAGAUUUGGGAACAAGAAGGCAAGCGACGCUGGAUAUUGAAGCCACCAGCAUCAGCUCGUGGAACAGGAAUUAGUGUUGUUUCAAAGUGGAGUCAGAUUCCUAAGAAACAGCCUCUGAUUGUACAAAGGUAUAUCUCAGAACCCUAUCUAAUCAAUGGAACAAAGUUUGACCUCAGGAUCUAUGUCUUAGUAACAAGCUUUGACCCUUUACGUAUUUACAUUUUUAGUGAUGGACUGGCACGGUUUGCUUCUGUAAAAUACUCUUCAGCGAUGCGUAGUCUAGGGGACAAAUUUAUGCAUCUUACAAAUUACAGUAUUAACAAGAAAAGUGCUUCAUAUGCUUCAAAUGAGGAUGAGAAAGUGUGCCAAGGCCACAAGUGGACAUUAAAGGCUCUGUGGGGCUAUAUGAAAGAGAAUGGUGUUGACACUACAACUCUUUGGGAUUCUGUGGUGGAUGUCAUCAUCAAGACAAUAAUCAGUUCUGAGGCCCCUGUAAAUCGACUCAUUCGCUGCUAUUCUCAAAAUCGCUACAUGUGCUAUGAACUUUUUGGAUUUGACAUUAUGUUGGACAAGAACCUUAAGCCUUGGCUACUAGAAGUUAAUAUUUCUCCUAGCCUCCAUUCUGGGUCUCCUUUGGAUGUGAGUGUAAAGAGUGAAGUAGUGAAGGACAUGCUGAAUACUGUUGGUUACAGAAUCCCAGAAAAAGCUCUAAAUUUGUGUAUUCAACCAUCAACAUUAGCAAAAUUUGGUGUGAAGCCUGAAGAAGCCCGCUACUUAUGUCUUAAUCAGAAAUUGUUCAGGUUCACUCUAACUGCUGAAGAAAAAGCUAAGCAUCUAGAAUACCAGAACAAGACAGGAUGUUGGUCUACCAUUCUUGAUUCUCUGACACCUGAUGAUGUGCGUCAUCUAGUAGAAAGUGAAGAUGAACUGGCUCGUUGUGGGAAGUUCAUCAGAGUGUUUCCCACGACAAAUACCAAUCAUUACUUCCAGUAUCUUGAACAAACACGAUAUUAUAACUUAUUGCUUGAUGCUUGGGAGCAGAAGUACCACAAAACUCGUGUAGAAGGGAGAACUAGACUUCAAGAACUCUGUGACAAAGGAGUUCAUAUACGAGUCAGAAGCACUAUUUCCAAGGAACCAGUCUACUCAACACCAGAAAGGAAAACUGAUGAAUUACUUGAUCAAAGCCCAAAGACAAGUUCUCUACAGAAAGUCAGCUAUAAAGUUGGAAGUGCAGCAAAACCUAAAGAAAAGUAUAACCGAUUCUUUUCUGCAAGGUUAUCGAUGAUCAGAGCUGUUUACUCUCCAAAACGACCUCAGUCCAGUCCAGCGAAAUCAUCAACUACUAUUACAAAAACAGCUACUUCUCAACUUUUGAGUUGAUGAUAAGUACCAGUUAGUUUUCUGCAGCUUUUUCUUACAAGUGAUUGAAUUAUAAAAAAUUGGGUUUUUAACGUCAUCUGCAAAGUUUUGUCUUAAGAGCAUCAUUAUACAAAUGUUCAGGUGAAUAAAGCUUUUGAUAAAUCUGUUGAAGCUGUUGUGAAGGUGCUUAAAGCAGAGACAGAAACGUCUCAUUAAAUAUAAAUUUUGUAAAGCCCACUUUUUUAAAACUGCCAUUGGUUGUAUUUCUUAAAAAAUAUUUUAGGUGCUUCAUAAGAAGCUGAUGAGAACAAUCAUAAACUCAGAUGUUUUUAGUGCGUAUAAAUUUAAUUUUGUUUCUUUUACUAGUUUCCUGCAUGUUACAGUAUUUUGUCUAAGUCACUGUCAGCAGUAUUCUUUUUAUAAAUCAUACUUCACUACUGGUUAAAUUACAAAUUGUUUGAAGUCAUAUUUGUUUUAGUGAUUUGUAUUUAAUGUUUUUCCCCAUUAAAAAAAAACAAAAUUUGUGUCAUGUUAGUCUGUCAAUAUGAAGAUUGUUCUAAUUUGACUUUUUUUAUGAUUUGAUAAAUUUAAUGUUUAUUAAUAUUGUGGAAAGAGUUUCAGUUUUAAUAUGAAAGAGUUCUUAAAAGUUGAGUAUUUUUUAAGGUGAGCCUGUGCUUUCAUAUGCUAAACUUGGCAAUUUUAAUGAUUAGACCAUAAUUUUGAAACCAAUUAAUAUGAGUAAUAAUUGAUAAAUACUGUUGCAGAAAUUUUUCUUUU